CGACUGUUUCGGAAACACAAAAUUCGCCCUCUCCAAUCUCCAUUUUCUGCUCCGCCCUAAAUUUUAAAAGCUUCCAGAAGCAAUAUUUGGGAAAAUUGCAUCAUAAACGCGCCAAUUUUUUUUUAGUUAAGAAAGUAUGGUUAAAACAAAGCACCAAACAUCUAAACCAACCGCCAAAUCUGCCCACAUAAAAAAGGCUGGAAAGCAAGCUGAUAUAUCUGAAUUUAAGCAGCAGCUGGAUGCUUUGGGCCUAAAAAUAAUUCAAGUCACUGCAGAUGGUAAUUGUUUCUUCAGUUGCUGUUUGGGCAGAGCAUUAGCGGAUCAAUUGGAAGGCAAUGAGGAAGAGCAUGAGAAAUAUCGGAAUAUGGUAGUCCGUUUUAUAAUGAAAAAUCGAGAAAUGUUCGAGCCUUUUAUUGAGGAUGAGGUACCAUUUGAUGAAUAUUGUCAGUCAAUGGAAAAGGAUGGGACUUGGGCAGGACAUAUGGAAUUGCAAGCUGCUUCGCUUGUCACUCAUUGUAAUAUAUGCAUUCACCGACAUAUUUCUCCUCGCUGGUACAUACAGAAUUUUGACAAUUGUGAAGCCAAAAUGAUCCAUCUUUCUUAUCAUGAUGGAGAGCAUUACAACAGUGUCAGAUCAAAGGAUGACACUUGUGCUGGACCAGCAAGGCCAAUUGUAAUCAAGGCUGAUGCUGAUCUUUCAGCGACAUCUCAUCACGCAAAAAGUGCCACCACGAAGUCAAUGGGAGACAUUGCUGGUAAUAAUGUUCAGCCAAGGUGUCUUAAAAUGGUCAUGACAGGAAGUGGAUGUGAAGAUGUUGAAAAGGUUAAAAAGGUUUUACAAGAAGUAGGUGGCGAUGCUGAUGCUGCAAUUGAGUAUCUAAUAGCUCAACAAAAUUCUGAAGAGAGUUUACAAGAAAAUGUUCAGCUUUAUAUUUCAGAAAACACUGUUCAUGGUGAGCAUGACAGUGAAAUACUUGAGCAGCAUAGCAUGCAAAAUGAAAAAAAGACAGGAAAUACACAAAUGACUCAGAUUGAGAAUAGCUUAUCGUUGGAUGACAAGAAAAUUCCAAGAAACAAGGCAUGCCCUUGUGGUUCAAAAAAGAAAUACAAGUCUUGCUGUGGAUCAGUUGCUGGAAAAUCUUCUGCUAGAUUUUCGGGAAAACAAUCAGUUGAUGAUGGCAAUGAUAGAAAAGACAAAAAGCAACGCAAGAAAGCACCAAAAAAUGUUUUGAAUCAUGAUCGAUCUGAAGGAGGGCUGCCUGAUAUGGGUGCACUUUGCAUAUGAGCUUCUUUUUUCAGGUAUUUUGCCACUGCAUUAUUUCUGUAUGAUGUAAUAGUGUCCGGUAACCUGUGUUGUAUAAUUCAAAAUAUAUUUUGAAUCAUGAUCAAUCUGAAGGAGGGCUACCUGAUACGCGUGCACUUUGCAUAUGAGUUUCUUUUUCAGGUAUUUUGCCACUGCACUAUUUCUGUAUGAUUUAAUAGUGUCCAGUAACCUGUGUUGAAUAAUUCGAAGCGUUAGAGCUAAGCAUGAAAAGAGUCCGUGUGCAUCCAGUUCCAAAUUUUUUGGAGUGUUGAUAUUUCUGAAUGUUAUUGAAGGAUGAUAAUUCCUGAGAGUAUCAUUUGUUCUAUCCAAGGUAUUCCAGCUGCCAGUUUAUUAGAUAUUGCCGACCUUAAAGUUCCAUACAAUCAUUGUAAGAACUCACAUGGGAAUUUGAAAUUUUGUUGAUUUUGGCUGGAUCAGUUUCAGAGGCAGCUUGUAAAAUAUUGCCGUAUGGCCGCGUUCUUUUAAUACCUUCAGCCGUCCCUCGUUUUUAAGCCUUAAACGGUCUGCUAUUGAAAUAACAAAUUUGCUGAUUUUAUUUACUUUUUCGUAUCCAGGUUCAUGAUGCGCUAAUUAAUUGGAAUAACUUGUAAUGCUUUGGGACCUCAGGACCAGUGAUAAUAAAGACUGAAUCUGGAUCACAAGUACCUUCGCUGGACAACAACGUAAGAAAGAGAUUGCUUAGCUGAUAGCGAGAUGUCUAUAGCAUUCCAGCCUUCAGAGGAAAAUGAAUCUAUCCCGCCAUUUGGCCCAAAUUCUGUUUUAUCCUGAUCUAGCCUUCUUCCCAAUGCCAAUAUCGCAUGAUUUUGCAGUUGUAUUUUUUUUGUGGAUUAUCUCACCUGGUAGAUUUCUUAUAUACGUGAAACGACCUUCCCUCAUCGUUUCAUUUUCCAGGGGUAACAGAUGGUGUUGAAAUCUGAUGCACGGAGUUGAGGUGUACACUUCCUUUUGAGAAAUUUAUUAAACGCUUCUCUUUGCCCAUC